AUACAUUUCCAUUUGUCCUCCUCGGGUCCUGAAGGACUCACUCUCCAUUUCAUCUACACCCAUCCCCCCUUCUCUCUCUCUCUCUCUCUCUCUCUCUGCGCAUCCACUCCAUCAUUGGCUCUUUCAAGAAAAGGUUGAAAAAACAACUUGCGCCUCACAUAGUCACAUGUAAUAAUGCAUCCAUCAUCUUUCCAGCCCUCUCUUUCUGGGUGGGUGUCAGAAUAAAAAACAAGGAAAGUUAGCUGUUUAAAUUGACUGAAAGUGCAAAUCUUUCAUAUAAUGAAUGGUCUUUCAAUUAACGAAUCAGAUCUUUCUGAGUUCGUCGAAGUUGAUCCCACUGGAAGAUAUGGAAGAUACGGUGAAAUACUUGGAAAAGGGGCUUCAAAGACAGUUUACAGAGCAUUCGACGAGUAUGAAGGUAUUGAAGUUGCCUGGAACCAGGUCAAACUCUACGAUUUCCUGCAAAGCCCAGAAGAUCUUGAGAGGCUCUAUUGUGAAAUUCACCUGCUAAAGAUAUUGAAUCACAAAAACAUUAUGAAAUUCUAUACAUCUUGGGUUGAUACGGCCAAUAGGAACAUCAAUUUUGUGACUGAAAUGUUUACUUCUGGAACUCUCCGACAAUAUAGGAUGAAGCACAAAAGGGUUAAUAUUAGGGCAGUGAAGCACUGGUGCAGACAGAUCUUGAGUGGUCUACUAUAUCUUCAUAGCCAUGAUCCUCCAGUGAUACACAGAGAUCUCAAGUGUGAUAACAUAUUUGUGAACGGGAAUCAAGGGGAAGUCAAAAUUGGAGAUCUUGGUCUAGCUGCUAUCCUCCGGAAAUCACAUGCCGCUCAUUGUGUUGGAACUCCUGAGUUCAUGGCGCCAGAAGUGUAUGAAGAGGAAUAUAAUGAGUUGGUUGACAUAUAUUCAUUUGGGAUGUGCAUAUUGGAAAUGGUUACUUUUGAAUACCCAUAUAGUGAAUGCACUCAUCCUGCUCAGAUCUACAAGAAAGUCAUAUCUGGGAGGAAACCAGAUGCACUCUAUAAGGUGAAGGACCCUGAGGUGCGCGAAUUUGUUGAGAAGUGCUUGGCCACUGUCUCCUUAAGGCUCUCAGCGAGGGAGCUUUUGGAAGAUCCAUUCCUUCAACUUGAUGAGAGUGAACCAGAUUCGAUGAGGUCUAUAGCGUGCAGGAGAGAGCUUGAUUAUAUGGACCCGAUAUUAAGACAGCCAAUUCUUGGGCUUGAUUGCGAAGGAACAUCAUUUAGCAACGACGUGCUAAAUGGAUACUGCAAUGGUUAUGCGUAUGAUGAAAAGGGUUUGGUUUGCGAUCCAAAUGAAUUUGAGCAAAACGGAAUAGAACUUUUUGAGUACAAUGAUGGUGAAUGCGAAGAGCAUUCCUCUAAUUUGGACAUAACUAUCAAAGGGAAGAGAAGAGAGGAUGGCAGCAUCUUCUUAAGACUUAGGAUUUCAGACCAAGAAGGCCGUGUUAGGAACAUCUAUUUUCCAUUUGAUAUUGAAUCUGACACUGCAUUCAGCGUCGCCACUGAAAUGGUAGCAGAGCUUGAUAUUACUGACCAAGAUGUUACCAAGAUAGCAGAUAUGAUAGAUGGGGAGAUUUCAAAGUUAGUGCCUGAUUGGAGACCGGGGCCCGGAUUAGAAGAAACCUCUCUCUUUACGAAUUCCACCUUCUGUUUCAACUGUGUUUCCAACCAUACUUCUACUGGUUCUUUUAUGAAUUAUCUGUCGAAUAAUCCGGCUGCCAAGAACAUACCUUUAUUACAAUGCAGUGGCUGUGCUACUCAUGGACGAUUUGAGGAAGUUACAUAUCAAGCAAAUAGCCCACGCCAAAAAGGCUCUCGAUAUGAAACCCACACAGCUUCUUCAACUCAAAUAAACGGAUUUCAUCAUAUGGAAUAUUGGGAUCGCCACGAAAUCCUUGAGUGCAGUUCCAUAUGCUCAGGAGAGAGCCAUACUCUUGAUGAAAGUGAAAAACAAUUUCAAGAAGUUUCGAUAGAGGUCGCAAAAGUUGAGGUAAGAGAUGAAAAGUAAAGGUUACGUUCAGUGAAAAUUUUCUUGGAACCUUAGCUUCUUCCAUAAACCAGCUUCUCAUCUCUUUCUUGCAAAAGUGGCAGCUUGUCUUUGCCCUCUUCAUACAUGCCAUCCUCUCAUCUUGUUAUUGCAAGUGUUGUGUUGGCAGUUAGUCUUCUUUCUUUCCUUUUUUUUUUCACACACCAUAUCAUCUGACUUCUCAUACAAAUUAUGAGCAGGAGAUUCAGCGGAGUUGAGUUGGUAUACAGCAAAGUAGCCAAUAGUAGUGAUAGAAUUUGUAUAAUUAUGAGAAUGCGUGAUCGAACUCCACUGAACAAAACUAUGUGGGACAUAUAAACUCACAAGAAACUUUACCCCAAUCUUUUUUGUUGGGUUUCAAAGUUCUGCACAAAUUGAAAUGGCAACAUAUAUAUAAGAGCUGGCUGCCCUAGUUUCUGGUAUC